CUGAACUUGUGUGCAAGAACAAGCCCCAGUGCUCGAUAUGGAGAUGCCUGCCAGACUUGUUUCCCUCAUCGUGGUGAUCUCCAUGCUGAUCUCCUGCAGCCCGACGGAGGCUUGGUACAAGCAAGUGGCCGGUCCCAGCUACUACUCGGUGGGCAGGGCGUCUGGUUUGCUGUCCGGUAUCCGGAGGUCGUCGUCCAUGAGGAGAGCCGACCCGGAAUCUUCUGACAGCGGAGAAUCUGCGGCCAACAACGUUGUUUCUGAUUCAAAUGCCCAUAAUUUCAUCCUGAAGACAAUGAUCAUUUGUUUCAAAGACAUUACACCGAACCUGCAGAGCUGUGAACUCUUCCAGGACAUCAAGGGAUUAUUUAAGUGUAAGGCAGAUGUUUUACUCUCUCUGGACUCCUCUGACUGUACGGAAGACUGACCGGUGUAGUCAAAAUCUGGACUGG